AUGAGUUCGGACUGCGAAAGUUACUACACCGAAGAAAACGUGCUCGUGGAGAACUUCACGUGUCCGAAAGCGGACGGUGACCCCAUGGCGCUUUACUGCUGCGGGUUCAGUGACUUGAAGUACUGCUGCGAUGACCCCAACAGCUUUUUCCCCUACGAGUAUGGAUACAUGUGGUGGUUGAGUCUUGGAGCUCUCAUGGGUCUCUCGAUAGCAGCUGUGGUUCUUCUUGCCUUCAUCAUCACUCUGUGUGUCCUCUGCUAUUUGUUCAUCACCACCAAACCCAGAGGUCUGGACAAUGGGCUGCCACUUCGAGCACCAGGUUCUACAUCCAGCCCACAAGCUCCCGGGCUCAGUCACAGCAGCGUCCCCCCCGGCCCCCAAGGCCUCAGGAAGCACUUCCUGAGAGGCAGGCUGGACUGCGACAACCAGCCGCCGGACCCUGACCGCCUUUUCCAGCGUUGUUUCAUGGCUACGGUGACGUCCGUCAAUGUGGAAGGUCCUGCUUAGACAGAGCUCUCUGUUUUCCGACCAGCUAAAUUUCCUUUGUAUUUAAACCGAGCUGU